GCCGGGAGGUGACGUCACGCGCGGCGCGCCCGUCGCGCCAAGAUGGCGGCGCUGCGGCGGGUGGUGCCGGUGCUGGUGCCGGUGCUGGGCCGGGCCGGGGAGGCCGCGCUGGGGCGGCGCGGGGUGCGGGCGCUGCGGAGGAGCCCCGUCCGAGUGCUGCCGCCGCAGAAGGAGCGGGGUGCAGCGGCUGAGGCGCAGCGGAGGCCCCGGGAGCCGCCGCCGCCGCCUCCUCCAGCGGUGGAGCGGAGCGCGGCCGGGCCGGGGCUGUGGUACGAGAAGGCGGCGCCCGGUGACAAGAGGCUGGGAAAAGUGGUGACCAUCGCCAAGUCAAAGAAGUUUCGGGAUCAUCAUGGGAAAGUUCUGUUGGAGGGUCAGAGGCUGAUCAAGGAUGCUCUGGAGGCAGGAGCAGUGCUGCAGACUCUCUUCUUCAGCACUGUGGGGCACCUGAAGGAGCUGCCCGAGGCGGCGCUAAAACGAGCCAACUUAGUUAAGGUGAAAUUUGAGGAGAUUAAGAGCUGGUCUGACCUGGUGACUCCUCAGGGGCUUAUAGGGAUCUUUUCCAAGCCCGACCACACCAAGAUGUCUUACCCUGCCGCCCAGCUGAGCCGCUCUGUGCCGCUGCUCCUCAUCUGUGACAACAUCCGAGAUCCGGGGAACCUGGGGACUAUUCUGAGAUCUGCAGCAGGCGCUGGCUGCGAGAAGGUGCUGCUCACCAAAGGCUGCGUGGAUCCAUGGGAGCCCAAGGUGCUCCGCGCAGGGAUGGGCGCUCACUUCCGUCUGCCCGUCCUCGCCAACCUGGACUGGGAAUCUGUUCCCAGCAACCUUCCUGCCGGUGUCCGGGUCUGCGUGGCCGACAACAAGGACCCAGGUGCUCGGGCCGAGGCCGCGUCUGCGCCGAGGGCAGCUGGCAAGGCCAGCUCUGCUCCCGGGAAAUCCAAACCCACGUCUGCUCCGGAGCAUGAGGAUGAGGAGGGAGCGGACAAUGUCUGUGUCCCAAACCUGGCCACACAGUGUUACUAUGAGGACUGGACGCAGACUCCAGUGGCCGUGGUGAUCGGUGGGGAGACCCAUGGCCCGAGUCUGGAGGCGCUUCACCUCGCGGCCAGCACCGGGGGGAAGAGACUGGUCAUUCCCAUAGUGCCAGGCGUGGACAGCUUGAACUCCGCCAUCGCCGCGGGCAUCCUGCUGUUUGAGGGGAAGAGACAGCUGCUGCGGAGGCACCAGCGGGAGGACGAAAGGCAGACGCUUCCUGUAGUGGGAUAAACCACUGAGGUUCGGGUGCUGAAGAAGCAUCUCUUCCCUUUGGCGCGCUGUGUUGUUAAUAAAAGAGCAGCUCGUGCUGUUUGGUUUGCAGUAA